AUGGGAGAAAGAGGUGAGUAGUGUGUGUGUGUGUGUGUGUGUGUGUGUGUGUGUGUGUGUGUGUGUGUGUGUGUGUCACAUCUGUGACACACACACAUUCUGUUCUUAUCAGUAUUUUCUCGGGGUAAAAAGAGAUGAAGGAAUUUCCCAUAAUCCUUCCUGAAAAUAAAGGAGUAAUACAUUAGAAAGGGACGGACUGCCUCCAUUCUGACUGGCCCCUUCCCCAACCACCUCCCAUUCCAUUACUUUCUUUUCUGUAGCCCUUCUAAGCUAAUGUGCCCAUUCAGCCUACAGAAAGGUUUAUUCUCCUCCUCGCCAUUACCAUGGUUCCAGUUAAUUAUUUUGUGGCUUUGCUCCAGUUGACGGAAAACAUUUAAAAAAGAAAAUAAAUGAAGUUUAACCACCUACGGUGUUGAUCGGAAAGUUUUUCGGCAAUAAAGCUUAAGCUACAGGAAAUUAUUUUCAUUUAUCACACCUUGUGACAAAGCAUUAAUUCAUGUCAUUUAAAUCUCUGAUAAUGCGAUAAUGUAUGUUUGCACUUUUCUUGUGUGUGUGUGCAUGUGUGUGUGUCUGUAUGUGUACUAGCUGUACCUGCAUAGAACAUGUAGCAAAGAACAUGAGAUAACCUUGCAGUGUAAGUUCUGUUCCAUUCAUUGUAUUUCAACAACCUAAUGGCACCAACUCCACCAACCCACCCAAACAUAAACAGAGGCAGAACUGUAAAUGCCUCCUCCUUGGUUCCAGCGAGCGUGCUUCCCGAUCUGUCAGCCUGUGUGCUGGCUGUCAGUGCCCGUGCCCAGAUGGUGGCGUUGGGUAAUGGGUAUGGAGCUGGAGGCCAGUGGGCCACAGUCCCAGGCACAUUGGCACUGGUGCUACUGGGGGACUGUACAGAAUACAGCAGCUCAUACCGGUGCUAUGCCAGAAAUUGGAACUGUUAUUACGGCAGCACUGAUUCUGCUGUUUGAGCCGUAGACUAGUUCUGCAGUAACAGCCUUAUGAGUAGUGCUCAAAUUGUUGUUUUGAGUCAUAUAUUUAGUGUCAUUUGUUGUAUUUUAUAUAUAACCACACUAUAUACUACUGUAACCUAGCACUCCAUUAUGUAUGUCUCCCCAGAGUGUGUGCUGGUAUCUUUCUGUGUGUUAGUGUGUGCAUAACCAGUAACAUGGGUAAUUUAUAAAGCAGGAUUAUGAAUGGAUUUUGGAUGCUGUCAGUUAGUAGCUGUUCUAGGAGCUUCGAAGUGGGGAGAGAGAGAGAGAGAGAGAGAGAGGAGGGGAAAGAGAACUGCUCAGCGAAACACAGAGACGCAUGUGGAGUGAGCGAAACAGAGAGAACGAGAGACGGUGGAAUUGUGAAAGUGAUGGACAGCAAAGUGAUGUGUAUCUUCCUUCAGGAUCAUGAAAACGUGGACAAGCAAUAAAAAGGUUAACCGCCAGGCUUUAAAUCAUCAUCCGUCCCUGUGAGAGGAGAAGUAGGGUAUCUGACAGCCAACCAGCUAACGCUUAGGGAAGUCAAGAGAAGGACCAAAGAAGAGAGGGAGUGUAAGAGAGAGAAUGAUGGAUGGAUGAGCAUAUGGAGUAAGCUUGACAGCCUCAGAGAGAGAGCAAUAUAAUACCUAUCUGGGAUUUUGUGGCUGUUACUCACAACUUUAUGUGUCCUCAGAGGAAAUCCAUGGGUGUCACAGAGGACCAGAGGACAGCUAGACACAGAACUUGACCCACCUGUCCCCCUCCCCUCCAUCCCACCCCCACAUACGUUUCUCUGCAACCUCCUCCCUCCGCCUCUCCUCCAGUCCCAUUCUCAUUGGCUUGAUUUCUGCUAUGGCUACAUUCCCAGCCCUUUUUGCCACUAUGGAAAACCCUUCCUACUUGAAUACAGCUCCAACCAGCAGCAGAUCUUAUUUGGAGAAAUAUACAAAUUUAAUUGAAUAAUACAUCAUUUUGGGGUGGGGAAGACUGUCUACAGGUCCACAACAAGUGCAAAGAAUCAGAUGACGUUUUGUGAAGACUUUAAUGCAGAACUGACACUGAGCAGACAGACCUCUGGGACAGAAGAUGGGACUUCGACUAUAUGAAGCGGAGGAAAAACGUUGUCCACAGCCUCACGACAAGGACAGAGGGAAUCAAGCUCUAACAGCAAGAGUUCCUAUCAAAUAUUGAUAGCGACAGGCAUGUUGGAAAAGCAUAAAUCAAUGUUCCAUUACCGACACAGUGGAAACAAAACAAAGGAAAGAGGUUCUUGACACCUGAGGAAAAGCUCAGAUCAGACCAAGUGGGACUCUUCCUUCUGGAGGUUUAACCAUAUACAAAGCCAAGUUAAUUAAGGACUUUAUUCUACUUGAGAAGCCAAAGCAAUACUUAAAAGCAUCAGAGUUUCAAAGGGACCGCUUCAGUGAAACAUAGAAUAACUGCAAACAACUCUGUGUUGCAGCAGGACAUUUGAACUGUUUUCCAACAGCGAGAGACCUGGACCAGGAAGAAAGUAGUGUGCCAGGGGAGAGGGAGGGGGUGGAGAAGGAACUUUGCAAGAAGGUGGAGACAUGGAGAGGAUACUGGAAUAGCAAAAAAGAAGGGGCAUAUUGGCUACCCCCCUGGUGCAAUGUGUGGUGAGUAUGCAAGACAUUAGUUGACAUACUGUACAUUACAGUCAUAGAGAUAUGGAGAUGUGUGUGUGCAUGCGUGCGUCUGUCUGUCUGUCUGUCUGCCUGUCUGUGCAUGACGAGUGUCAUUGUGUCAUGGUACUGUAUGAGAGGAAAAAGAGAGAAAGAUGUUAUCCGAUACAGCUUCUUAAUGUUUAUCGAAUAGACAAAAAGCCAAACAGAGAAACAGUCACUGAACAUGUUGUUGAAGAGUACUAUGUUGCUCCCAUGGGACUCCAUUAAUUAGGAGGUUAUUUCCUUUCACCUUCAUUGUGUUAUAUUUUCCCACAGGGGUUUGUUUAGAAAGUGAGCUGGGUCAGAGGUCAGGCUGUUGUUGACUCUAAAGUAGGGAUGGGCAGUUCCAGUCUUCGGGGGCGGAGUGGUGUCACACUUUUCCCCCAUCCCUAGCAAACACAGCUGAUUUAAACGUAUUCUAAACUGAAGAUUGUGAUUAGUUGAUUAUUGGAGUCAUGUGUGUUAGCUGGGGCUGGGGAAAAAGUGUGACAUCAAUCAGGCCCCUGAGGACUAGAGUUGCCCAUCCCUGCUCUAUAACAGGGUUUCCCAAACCUUGUCCUGGGACCCCCCCUUGGUGCACGUUUUGGUUUUUGCCCAAGGACUAGACACAACUGAUUCAAAUAACCAACUCAUUAUCAAGCUUUCAUUAAUUGAAUCAGCUGUGUAGUGCUAGGGCAAAAACCAAAAUGUCCACUACGUGAUUUCCAGCAUCUGCAACAACGAGUCCUGUCAGUGUUUCCAAUAGGUCAUAUGGUCAGAAUUGACUAUAGUUUUGUAAGCACACUCAUCCUGUAGGAUGAUGCUCAUAUGCUUGCACUUGUGCUGUACCUUCGGACUCCUUUUGACACGUUUGAAAAAUAUCACAUUAAGAAUUAUGAUCGUAAUGUGAUGUAGCACGUUUGUUUGACAUAUUCAUAUAGAAAAUAGGGGGUCUGUAACUUUCCCACUUUGAAAAUUCCCAUGUAACUGUUUAGUGUCAGUAUUGCGUUCCCUCAUCGAUUUUAACGUUUUUGCAUGGCUGACAGGUGUGAAUUGGCCACCUGGGUGUAUGUCCCUAUGUCAGAGAGAGUGUUCUUCAGAAGCACAUCCAUCUAUCACUAUCAACACAGGGGCUUUCAUCCCAGACAUGUGUGGCUACACAGAGCAUUCCCACAAGUGAGAUUAAUUCACAGAGAAGCCAGGGGAGGAGAGAUUGAUCAAUCCGAAUGUAGCUGGAUGCCACAGGGAAGCAGUGGUUUUCUCCUUCAAGAGCCUCUACAUGUCCCCCUGCUUCUCACAUUUUAUCCUCCAAUCUCUCCCUGAAACACCACUCAAUCACUAACAAUCAACUUGUAUUUGAUUAGAUUGAGUCAGUUAAGCCACUCUCUCUCAGUUUUAUUGAUUGGAGGAGAGGUGGAGAUAGAGGAUGCAUUGCUGCCCCUUCCUGAGUUGCAGAUCUAAAUAGAAUGACAGCCCCAUCCAAAUGCUGCUGCCAGUAAAUGGCCAUUUCAUUUGUAGAGAAAGGGAGGGAAAUGGGAAAGGGCAUGAGUAACCUGCCACCUCUUGAACAUCAAGGAGAGAUCCCAAAAAGAGGUCACUGGUGAAGCUAAUGGGAAUGGGAGUGGGAAUAACACCGGAAAAAGGGGAAGCGAGGAAUUUAAUCCAGUGUCAGUCCACAUGCUCUGGUCGGAAGGACGGUUAGUCACUAAUCCGAGUGGGAUAAAGCGAAAGAUGAGCGAAAGAAUGGGAAGCGAUCUGACAGUCAUCCGUUGGCCCCAGGCGCCACUCUUUCCUCCCACGCUGCCUGUCCAUCAGAGCUUAUAAUGAGGCCUGUGGAUGUCUGGGCCAUCAUAAGCCUCUGGUUCCUCCGCCAUCACUCUUUGUGACUCAUCUUGUUGUGUGUGUGCGUGUGUGUGUGUGUCUGUGCUGUUUUAGUAAGGGUUCUAAUAUACAGUUGAAGUCAGAGGUUUACAUACAUCUUAGCCAAAUACAUUUAAACUCUGUUUUUCACAAUUCCUGACAUUUAAUCCUAGUAAAAAUUCCCUGUCAUAGGUCAGUUAGCAUCACCACUUUAUUUUAAGAAUGUGAAAUGUCAGAAUAAUAGUAGAGAGAAUGAUUUAUUUAAGCUUUUAUUUCAUUCAUCACAUUCCCAGUGGGUCAGAAGUUUACAUUCACUCAAUUAGUAUUUGGUAGCAUUGCCUUUAAAUUGUUUAACGUGGGUCAAGCGUUUUGGGUAGCCUUCCACAAGCUUCCCACAAUAAGUUGGGUGAAUUAAGGCCCAUUCCUCCUGACAGAGCUGGUGUAACUGAGUCAGGUUUGUAGGGCUCCUUGCUCGCACACACUUUUUCAGUUCUGCCCACAAAUUUUCUAGAGGAUUGAGGUCUGGGCUUUGUGAUGACCACUCCAAUACCUUGACUUUGUUGUCCUUAAGCCAUUUUGCCACAACUUUGGAAGUAUGCUUGGGGUCAUUGUCCAUUUGGAAGACCCAUUUGCGACCAAGCUUUAACUUCCUGACUGAUGUCUUGAGAUGUUGCUUCAAUAUAUCCACAUAAUUUUCCUUCCUCAUGAUGCCAUCUAUUUUGUGAAGUGCACCAGUCCCUCCUGUAGCAAAGCACCCCCACAGCAUGAUGCUGCCACCCCUGUGCUUCACGGUUGGGAUGGUGUUCUUCGGCUUGCAAGCACCCCCUUUCUCCUCCAAACAUAACGAUGGUCAUUGGCCAAACAGUUCUAUUUUUGUUUCAUCAGACCAGAGGACAUUUUUCCAAAAAGUAUGAUCUUUGUCCCCAUGUGCAGUUGCAAACUGUAGUCUGGCUUUUUUAUGUCGGUUUUGGAGCAGUGGCUUCUUCCUUGCUGAGCGCCCUUUAAGGUUAUGUCGAUAUAGGACUGUGGAUAUAGAUACUUUUGUACCUGUUUCCUCCAGCAUCUUCACAAGGUCCUUAGCUGUUGUUCUGGGAAUGAUUUGCACUUUUUGCACCACAGUACGUUCAUCUCUAGGAGACAGAACGCCUCUCCUUCCUGAGCGGUAUGACGGCUGUGUGGUCCCAUGGUGUUUAUACUUGCGUACUAUUGUUUGUACAGAUGAACGUGGUACCUUCAGGCGUUUGGAAAUUGCUCCCAAGGAUGAACCAGACUUGUGGAGGUCUACAAUUUUCUUUCUGAGUUCUUGGCUGAUUUCUUUUGAUUUUCCCAUGAUGUCAAGCAAAGAGGCACUGAGGUUGAAGGUAGGCCUUGAAAUACAUCCACAGGUACACCUCCAAUUGACUAAAAUUAUGUCAAUUAGCCUAUCAGAAGCUUCUAAAGCCAUGACAUCAUUUUCUGGAAUUUUCCAAGCCCUUUAAAGGCACAGUCAACUUACUGUAUGUAAACUUCUGACCCACUGGAAUUGUGAUACAGUGAAUUAUAAGUGAAAUAAUCUGUCUGUAAACAAUUGUUGGAAAAAUGACUUGUGUCAUGCACAAAGUAGAUGUCCUAACCGACUUGCCAAAACUAUAGUUUGUUAAAAAUAAAUUUGUGGAGUGGUUGAAAAACAAGUUUUAAUGACUCCAACCUAAGUGUAUGUAAACUUCCGACUUCAACUGUAGUGUGCUAUAGUGUGAUAAUUUUGGGGAAAUGUCAACACUAUGUCUUUAAGAGCUACACUACCGGCCAAAUGUUUUAGAACACCUACUCAUUCAAGGGUUUUUCUUUAUUUUUACUAUUUUCUACAUUUUAGAAUAAUAAUGAAGACAUCAAAACUAUGAAAUAACACAUAUGGAAUCAUGUAUUAAACAAAAAAGUGUUAAACAAAUCAAGAUAUAUUUUAUAUUUUAGAUAGCCACCCUUUGCCUUGAUGACAUCUUUGCACACUCUUGGCAUUCUCUCAACCAGCUUCACCUGGAAUGCUUUUCCAACAGUCUUGAAGGAGUUCCCACAUAUGCUGAGCACUUGUUUGGCAGCUUUUCCUUCACUCUGCGGUCCGACUCAUCCCAAACCAUCUCAAUUUGGUUGAGGUCGGGGGACUGUGGAGGCCAGGUCAUCUGAAGCAGCCCUCCAUCACUCUCCUUAUUGGUAAAAUAGCCCUUACUCAGCCUGGAGGUGUGUUGGGUCAUUGUCCUGUUGAAAAACAAAUGAUAGUCCCCAAAAUCUCAAAUUUGGACUCCAGGCCAAAGGACACAUUUCCACCGGUCUAAUGUCCAUUGCUUGUGUUUCUUGGCCCAAGCAAGUCUCUUCUUCUUAUUGGUGUCUUUUACUAGUGGGUUCUUUGCAGCAAUUCGACCAUGAAGGCCUGAUUCACACAGUCUCCUCUGAACAGUUGAUGUUGAGAUGUGUCUGUUACUUGAACUCUGUGAAGCAUUUAUUUGGGCUGCAAUUUCUGAGGCUGGUAACUCUAAUGAACUUAUCCUCUGCAGCAGAGGUAACUCUGGGUCUUCCAAUCCUGUGGCGGUCCUCAUGAGAGCCAGUUUCAUCAAAUCAAAUGUUAUUUGUCACAUACACGUGUUUAGCAGAAGUUAUUGCGGGUGUAGCGAAUUGCUUGUGCUUCUAGCUCCGACAGUGCAGUAAUAUCUAACAAUUUCACAACAUAUACCCAUGCACACAAAUCUAAGUACGGAAUGCAAUUUAAGAAUAUAUACAUUAUUGGACAAGCAAUGUCAGAGCGGCAUGGACUAAGAUACAGUAGAAUAUUAUAGAAUACAGUAUAUACAUAUGAGAAGUGCCAGAUAUGUAAACAUUACUAAAGUGACUAGUGUUCCAUUUCUUAAAGUGGCCAGUGAUUUCAACCCUUGUGGGGCCCCAGUGUUGAGGAUCAGCGAAGUGGAGAUGUUGUUUCCUACCUUCACCACCUGGGUGUGGCCCGUCAGGAAGUCCAGCACCCAGUUGCACAGGGCGGGGUUCAGACCCAGGGCCUCGAGCUUAAUGAUGAGCUUGGAGGGUACUAUGGUAUUGAAUGCUGAGCUAUAGUCAAUGAACAGCAUUCUUACAUAGGUAUUCCUCUUGUCCAGAUGGCAUAGGGCAGUGUGCAGUGUGAAUGCGAUUGCAUCGUCUGUGGAUCUAUUGGGGCGGUAAGCAAAUUGAAGUUGGUCUAGGGUGACUGGUAAGGUAGAGGUGAUGUGAUCCUUGACUGAUCUCUCAAAGCGCUUCAUGAUGACAGAGGUGAGUGCUACGGGGCGAUAGUCAUCAUAACGCUUGAUGGUUUUUGCGACUGCAAAACUUUCAAAGUUCUUGAAAUGUUCCGUAUUGACUGACCUUCAUGUCUUAAAGUAAUGAUGGACUGUCGUUUCUCUUUGCUUAUUUGAGCUGUUCUUGCCAUAAUAUGGACUUGGUCUUUUACCAAAUAGGGCUAUCUUCUGUAUACCCCCCCCCCCCCCUACCUUGUCACAACACAACUGAUUGGCUCAAAUGCAUUAAGAAGGAAAGAAAUUCCACAAAUUAAAUUUUAAGAAGACACACCUGUUAAUUGAAAUUCAUUCCAGGUGACUACCUCAUGAAGCUGGUUGAGAGAAUGCGAAGCGUGUGCAAAGCUGUCAUCAAGGCAAAGGGUGGCUAUUUGAAGAUGGAUUUGUUUAACACUUUUUUGGUUACUACAUGAUUCCAUAUGUGUUAUGUCAUAGUUUUGAUGUCUUCACUAUUAUUCUACAAUGUAAAAAAUAGUAAAAAUAAAGAAAAACCCUUGAAUGAGUAGGUGUUCUAAAGCUUUUGACCGGUAGUGUACAUGUCGUUUUUUUUUUACUUGCCUGAGACAGCCAGACUCUUCCCACUCCAGGCAGUGACGCUGAACAAUUAUAUACCUCUCUUCUUUUACACUGUUCUAUCUUUAAUUAUUCCUUAAUAUUUCCACCUCUGGCUGAAUACUGACUCCUAAAUAUAUAACGCUGUGGUACAAGGAGCUAGAACUUGAACUUGAAGCUGCACAAAGCAUUGUAAUUGAAGGUUUUACUGUUUUUCUAGAUCAUGUGUACAGUACCACUUCUCUCCUCCUGUUUGCCAGUAACACUACAAUAGUAGUAACAAACUAUAAAAGAAUGGAUCUCUACUCUUCGACAGUAAUAAGCAUGAUUGAUUUAACUGGCAAUUAGUGCUGAGUGAAACUGGGAACAUUCCGUUGUCGACCUCCUCUCUGAGCAGCGGUGACCCGAAGUUCUCUGGCCCUGCCGUGUACGUGUGCGUGCUCGCAUGAUUGCCCAAGGUGAACGGUCUGACGUCGCCCUCACUUCAUCAACACCUAUCUCUGAUCUCUCUUUAGUGCUUAAAGUGUUUGGCUGCAAGCCAGCAGCAGUUGUUUAUGAACUUAAGGAUAGCUAGCUCCCUAUCAAACCCAGCGUACAGAGGGCAAUCCAGUACAACUCUACCUGGCAGUGCUAAAAUGGGAGAGGGAGCAGGGUACAGUACUUGGUACUGUAGGUGUGUAUACACAAAUACAUUUGACUGUUUAUCUCAAAACCUUUCCCAUUACACGUGAGAUGUCAAGUGCUCAGAUGUACAGUCCAUUAGUAGACUGUGGCAUGUGUGUCUUCAGAAAAGCAUAAACAAAUGGAGGAGUCUGAGCUUGGAGAUUUUGGGGGUUGUCUUUAAAGAGGUUUCAGAACAAUAAAACAUCAAGAAGUUUGCUUUAGACUCUUGCAGAGAAAGUGUCUGAACUGAGCUGCACACGCUGUUAUUUUUUGUCUAAUUUGAACACUGUUUAACUAUAAUAGUUUUCAGUUGACUCUCAUGAUGGAUGCUCUGCCAUUAAAGUAGCUCCAGUAGCGUUUUCUCUGUCGCUAACUCCACUGUGCUAGUGCUCUUUAAAGAGCAAAUUUAAGUGCAUUAAUCAUCGAUGGUGUCUCGCUCAGAUCCCUUAUGAUAUUAAUGUUGCAGUGUGAAGUCUUGUAAUCUCAGCGAGUCUAUGAACCAUCACUAAUACUUGCUUUCUGAAUGGGCCUGUAUUGUGUACAGACUGGCUAAGAUAGAACAUAGCUACGGACUCAAAAUAAAUGGGUUAUAUGUGCUCUUUUACUGAUGAUAAUUGUGAAUAUGCCUCUGAUAGGCUGACUGCCAUGUCAAUCACAGUGUCUGGCCAUUGAGGGGUUUGCCCUAGAGCAUCAAUUUCCCAUCUACCUCAGUCCAAUGUGGUUCUUAUAGAAUAGGUUAGAGUGAUCCAUAUGCUGUGGUGGGUAAAUUAGGAACCUGUAUACCUGCAACUUGUAUGAGGACCGAUAUACCUAAAUAAAGUAUUUUAAUACCAUCUACACAAUAUUCCUUUCAAUACUGGUUCAUGCUUGUAGAAGAUAAUAUAUGUUGGGUGGAUAAUGCCUUGAUUACAGAAAAAUAGGCAUCACAUUGUUAUGGGUUUUCUCAGUGACACUGGACCUGGGCUAGGGGGAACAUACCUUAACUCAUCCCCACCCAUCCCAUCAGAUCCCUGUCCACUGUCAGCACCCAGUGACUCACUGUUACCCAUGGGGCUUUGGGAGAGGCCCUUUCUAUGGGUAUGAAGUGAAUAACAGAGAGUCAGUAGGCUACCAGUUGCACGUAAAUUGAAAUUAGGUUAUGAUGAAAUCUAAUAAUGUUGGAUAAGUCAAAGUGGCGUGCAGAACUUAGAAUCAAAAUCUGGAUGUAGGCAAUAAAAGCAUAAUUAAAUGUUUAUGUUCCACUGGAGACAUUUUAAAACCAUUAUAGCCAGUUUGUUUCCGCUACAUCAAGAAGUAGUGUAGUAUAUAUUAAGAACGCUGCUUGAGACUGCCACAUCUCUCCUUCUAUUUCUGUUUUACUAUCUCUGUUCUUCAUACUCCUUCCCCCUCUAUUUUUUAUUUCUCUCUUGUUUUUUUUAUCCCUGUCUUUCUCUCCGUCUCCCCUUUCUCUCCUUCCCUCUCCCACCUCAAAUUAUUUCUAAUUGACUCUCUCUCUCGUCAUUUGGCAGGGGAACAGUCUUUUUCCCUCCCCCUCUGAGAGGCCAGCGUGGAGAGGCAGCACCGGGGCCAUGUGUGAGUGAGUGACUCCCUGGCUGGGGCCUGGAGCGAGGAGGUGCCACAUGUAUUUCCCCCUAAUUGGGUUGGAAAUAAUCGUGUUUCACCGCUGAAUGGCUAAGUCACAUCAGAGCAGAGGGAGGGAGACAUCACUGUCUCCCAGGCUUCACCGGUGCCCCCUAUGCUGCUACAACAUCUGUUGGCUCCUCUAUUGUUUAUUCUGUCCGGCCUUGUGUUGUGCAGCGGGAAGCCAACAGGUGCAGCCAGGAGAGAGUUUGUUUCUGUUUUGUCAAAAACUGACCUGUAAGCUGUAUCAGUAAGAGCACUCCAUAGACACCCACGGCAAUCUGUCCUCUCUACUUCAGUCCUCUUGAAUGGUCCCUCGAUGACAAAGUAGCACAGAACUGUCAUCCCAUGAUGAGGCUGGAAUUGGAUGAUAAAACAUUAAGUUUGACAUGGGCAUCAUGUUGAAUUAACACAUGGGGCUGUUGCAUGGAAAGGGACAGGAGCAGGGACCCUCUCACUGUUAUGCUGAAACCAUUACCCAAAUAUGGGUCAUCAUAAGAAAAAAGUCAAGCUUGAUUUUGUUCUUCAUAAAAUGUUUCAUCCCUUGAAUAAUAUGAAAUGCUAGCUCGUCUAAAAUGAAAAGUAGUCAACGACUGUACAUGUCUGUCUGUCUGUCUGUCUGUCUGCGGUCAGAAUUGGAGACCACUACAUAAGGUACAGCAUAAACAUGACUUACAACAGAUAAAUGGUAGUAUCCCACUUGUCUCUCUCCUCCCCAUCUGUAGGCAUAGCACCCUGUGGGGGUGGGGCUCACUGAUGGUAAACAUGGUCCCCCAUGGCCGGCAUGUUUGCCACGCCCACGCCGAGGACCCUGUGAACGACCGAGAGGAGCGUAUCCUAGCCGUGCUGGGGAUCAUCGGGACCGUGCUCAACCUGCUGGUGGUCAUCUUCGUCUACAUAUACACCACCAUCUGA